CAUGUAAAGUAGCUGUGUCUUUGAAGGCGGAUCUCUUGGCAGGUUAGACCGGGACGGAGGCUCCGACCAGCUCAGACGAGCGCUGCCACCAAACCAGACGCAUCAGUUGGCCGCCGCUGUGUGACGGGAGGAGCAUAAUCCUGCUUUUUCUGGGACUCGUUUAGUUUCAUUUAUUUAUUUUGCAGAUUAGUUGUCUCGGGAUCCUGGUGAGGAGAAGCCUGUGCGUAAAGGAUCAGCCGCGUAAAGGACUAUUUUAUUUCUUUUUCUCCAAGUUGUCGCACGGACCACACAUCGUUUUGCUGCGCAGGGAAAAGUGACAUGAAACGCGAGGACGGGUCAGUGGAUCUUCAGGGAACAAGUGAGAGACAAGUCGGAAGCCACAGUAUUUGUAAUUUAACCACAGCAGACUGAACUGUGUGCUGCGGGACAUUGAGCAAGUACAGCUCCAACACAUGCGCUCGGAAAGCAUGGACCUGUGCGCACGAUAUUUCCAGCGAGAAAGCGUCCACGGACCAUCGCGGGAAAUAUGUUCUUAUUAAACUCUCCACACCAAUAAUGAGAAAGCAAUCUCCUUAGUUGUGUAACUUCUCCCACGUUGAUCUAUCCGACACACCAACACCAGCCUGGAUUCAUCACAGACUUUUCAAUGAGAGAAUCGUGUGUUGUGGUAGUGAUGAACAUCCUGUCGUUUUCUUCAUUAAAUCAAGAAGGGAGGAUGCGUUCAUGUGCCAGACUGAGCCUGGUCUAUGUGCUGCUCGCCCUGUGGAGCAGUGGAGCUUCAGCUAUCAGCUCCAUAGACCCGGACUGGUCAGGAGAGGGGAGAUGUCAACACAUCAACAUCCCCCUGUGUAAAGACAUUGGCUACAAUAUGACUCGCAUGCCAAAUCUCAUGGGCCACGAUGACCAAAAAGAGGCAGCGAUAAAGCUGCAGGAGUUUGCAACACUGAUAGAGUUUGGAUGCCACAGUCAUCUCAAAUUUUUCCUGUGCUCGCUGCACGCUCCCAUGUGCACGGAGCAGGUUUCCAACCCCAUCCCAGCAUGUAGAGUUAUGUGUGAGCAGGUGAAGUUAAAAUGCUCACCCAUUUUGAAAAACUUUAACUUCCCGUGGCCCGACUCUCUGGACUGCUCCCGGCUGCCGACCAAAAAUGACCCAAACAACCUCUGCAUGGAGGCGCCCAACAACGGCUCAGACGAGCCCCCCAAAGUCUCCCACACCCAGCCCCCAGACUUCAGGCCGCAGCGGCCCCUGAGCAGCCACGACCUGCACCUGAAGGACAGCAGCAGCAGCAAGCAGACGUGCAGCAACCCUGGCAAGUUCCACUUUGUGGAGAAGAGCGAGUCCUGUGCCCCUAAAUGCUACCCCAAAGUGGACGUAUACUGGAGUCAGGGAGACAAGCAAUUCUCUCUGGUGUGGAUGGCCAUCUGGUCCAUCCUCUGCUUUGUCUCUAGUGCCUUCACUGUGCUCACAUUCCUCAUAGACCCACAGAGAUUCAAAUACCCAGAGCGGCCGAUCAUCUUCCUUUCCAUGUCCUACUGUGUUUACUCUGUGGGCUACCUCAUCCGACUUUUUGUGGGCGCUGACAGAAUAGCGUGUGACAGAGACAAUGGGGUGCAAUAUGUUAUCCAGGAGGGUCUGGAGAGCACCGGCUGCACUAUUGUGUUCCUCAUCCUGUAUUAUUUUGGCAUGGCCAGCUCCCUCUGGUGGGUUAUCCUGACCCUCACAUGGUUCCUGGCUGCGGGGAAGAAGUGGGGUCAUGAGGCCAUCGAGGCCAACAGCAGCUACUUCCACCUAGCGGCGUGGGCCAUCCCUGCUGUGAAGACCAUCAUGAUCCUGGUGAUGAGGAAGGUGGCGGGGGACGAGCUGACGGGCAUCUGCUACGUGGGCAGCAUGGAUGUCAAAGCUCUCACUGGCUUCGUGCUAAUUCCUCUCUCCUGCUAUCUUAUUAUUGGCACUUCUUUCCUGCUGUCGGGCUUCGUGGCCCUCUUCCACAUCCGUAAGAUAAUGAAAACAGAGGGAGAAAACACGGACAAGCUGGAGAAGCUGAUGGUUCGCAUUGGGGUUUUCUCUGUGCUCUACACCGUCCCGGCCACCUGCGUCAUUGCCUGCUACUUUUACGAGAGGCUCAACAUGGACUACUGGCGCAUCCUGGCAGUGGAGCAGAAGUGUGUGGAUGGCGGCGGGCCGGAGUCAGCUGAGUGUGUCAUGAAGACUUCCAUCCCUGCUGUGGAGAUCUUCAUGGUGAAGAUCUUCAUGCUGCUGGUGGUGGGCAUCACCAGCGGCAUGUGGAUCUGGACGUCAAAGACGCUGCAAUCGUGGCAGAACGUGUUUAGCAGGAAGCUAAAGAAGAAGUCGAGGAGAAAGGCUGCCAGUGUGUUCACCAGCAGUAGGCCUUACAUCAAACCUCACCCAUCUCUCAAAGGGCACAGCACUAAGUAUGAGCCUACACGGCCUCCUCCAACAUGUGUAUGAGCUGGCUCUCCUUGUAUAAACCCCAAAAGUACUUGUUAAGCCCUUAUCUAAAUGAGACUUUGUAAUCAGAGUGCCAUCAAAAAAAUCAAGGUUCGUGUUUUAUUUAUGCAAACUCUGUUGAAGAUAAUGCAAUGUGGGUUUUUUUGUAUCUUCAGCCAUCUCGUGCAACAAGAGCUGCCUUUGUUUGAGGAAAAAUCUGCUACUCCUGGAUUCACUUAUCCUAUUGAGGACCUUGGUGGAGGAAAAAAAAA